CGGGCGCGCUCCCGCUUGUUUGCGUGCGCGCCGCCGCUUGGCCCUUCCCGUGCUCCGCCGUUCUGCUCGCUCGUCGCCGGAUCGUCGGGUUGUGGUGGUGGUGGUGGUGGUGGUGAUGAUGAUGAUGAUGAUGAUAAUGAUGAUGGCGGAAGCGGAGCUGCGCUGACUCUCGCGCGCUCUCUCUCUCUUUCUCUCUCUCUGUCUUUCUUUUCAUUUAUUCUCGUUAUUCGUCCGUCGGUGAAAAACCGUCGACCGAACGGGCCGCGCGUGUCUGUGUGUGUCUUUCUCGCGCGCUCUCUCUGUCUCUCUGUCUGUCUGUCUGUCUCUCACUCCUCCGUGUCGGUAAAUGGGGAACGAGGCGAGCCUCGAGGGAGAGGCGGGCCAGCCGGGAGCCGCUUCCGCUUCAGCACCUCCGCGCGCUGGACAGCUCAGCGAGCCGAGCACCGGAGCGCGCGCAGCACCCGGGCCGGGACCGGACAGCAUCCAAGGCAAACCCCCCCACACAGACCCCAGUAAUGGGCCCAAACCGGGGGGUUCGGGUGGCAGCGCCCGGGAUCAGAGUCACUCCCCCCAUAAGAGCCCUCAGGGGGACGCUGGUGGCCCUAAAUCGCCCUACUCUUUGCCGCAGAUUGCCCCGAUGCCCAGCAGUAAGCUGUGCCCGGUGUGUAAGACAGCCGACUUGAUGGGCGUGACGGACGGACAGCCCAACUGCAACACGUGCACUCAGUGUCGCACCACGGUGUGCAACCAGUGUGGCUUCAACCCCAACCCACACCUCACAGAGGUGCAGGAAUGGCUGUGUCUGAACUGCCAGAUGCAAAGAGCAUUAGGAAUGGAUAUGGACACCCCAAGAUCCAAGAGCCAGCAGCAGAUCCAUUCUCCGCAACAGUCCACCAAAGCCCAACCCCGAACGGCACCCCAGACUCCAUCUUCAAACCAACCCAAACCUUUUCCUGUAUCCCAGAAUGAAAUAAAAUCUCAAUCUCAACCAUCCACCCCCCUGAAAACCCAAACAAAACCUCAACCCCAGACUACUCCAUCAGCCCAACCCCAAGCAAAACCUCAACCCCAGACUACUCCAUCAGCCCAACCCCAAGCAAAACCUCAACCCCAACCUACUCCAUCAGCCCAACCCCAAGCAAAACCUCAACCCCAACCUACUCCAUCAGCCCAACCCCAAGCAAAACCUUCUCCAUCAACCCAAUCCCAAGCAAAACCUCAACCCCAGACUACACCAUCAGCCCAAACCCAAGCAAAACCUCAAUCCCAACCUCCAACACCUUCACAGACCCAACCAAAUCUUCCGCCCACCCCUCAAACUCAACGAAAAUCUCAAUCUCAGCCUGCAACUCCCACCAAAUCACAGCCUCCUUCUUCGGACGCGCCAUUUGGCAAGCUUUUUGGAUUUGGAGCAUCCCUUCUGAACCAGGCCAGCAGCCUGAUAUCGGUUGACCAGCCGCAGCCUCAGUCUCAGUCUCAGCCUCAGACACCUCAGAAGACUCCAACAGCAACCACCAAACCAGGACCCCAACCUGCGACGCCAUCUCAGCAGCAGAAGAGUAGACCAAAAGUAUGCUGCCCGCUGUGCAAGACCGAGCUAAAUGUCAGUGUCCCUACAGAACCUCCCAAUUACAACCACUGCACCCAGUGCCAUGCCCAGGUGUGCAACCUGUGUGGCUUCAACCCCACACCGCAUCUCACUGAGAAAAAAGAAUGGCUCUGCUUGACAUGCCAAACACAGAGAGCCAUGUCAGGGAAUUUAGGGGAUGGCCCAUCUCCUGUUCCUCAGCAGAUGGGAUCUCCUCGUGUGCCGGGUCCAUCCACACAACAGCAGGCCCAACUGAGGCUGCCCAGUCAACAAGCAGGGAUGAGGCAUGCUGGUCCUCAGCAGCAAAAAUCACCUGGUACCCAAGUAAGUGGUCCUCUCCCUGCUACCAAACAAGGAACAUCACAGAGCAAGGGUCCCACUCAAGUGUCUCCUGCUAAGACAGCCCCUACCCAACCUACAAGCAAAAGCAAGGCAGAAACACGCAAACAAGAUCACGGCAUUAACAAGAAACAGGCAGUGUCCAAAACUGAGAAAGAAGGUGACUUGAAAGUGUUCCAUAAGAAAGGAACACAGGAAGCAAAAGACCAGAAGAAAAGUUGUGACUUGCAGAAGUCUAAACACCAUGACGAUUCGAGCAAGUCCAGUACGCAGAGUCUGAGUGACACAGGCUACUCCUCCGAUGGGAUAUCCGGCUCCCAGAGUGAGAUUACUGGGCUCAUCCGAGAGGAGGGAAUUAAACUCAGCGAGGGAGGCUUGUCUACCCAACGUAGUCCUCCCAGCCCUUCUGAAAUAAAAAAACUUGAGAGUUCUAUGCGACCUCUGUUGCAGUCAGAGACAGCCUCUGAAACCGAUAAACAGAGACCACAUUCGCUGACCAUAACACAAGACCAGUUUGAUUCCGACGGGGAAGUGUCCGAUGACCUUAGUUGCAAAUUACGUCAUGACUAUGUGGAAGAUAGCAGUGAAAGUGGCCUUUCUCCUUUACCAACCAGACAGAAGUUGCAAAAGGAUCUAACCGAUGAGGAGUUAAUGAGAAGACAGAUUUUGGAAAUGAGUGCAGAUGAGGAAGAAAUGAUAGAGACAGAAGGUCAUGUGAAAAACAAAAAGAGUCAUAAACACGGUGGGGAUCUUGGAAAAGAGAGACGACGCCUUACACAGCAAUCCAACAGUUUUGAGGAUGACACUAAAAGUAAUGAUGGCACAUAUAAGUCCAGUGAAGGGGAUGAUCUGAUGGGUUCACAAGGAGGCCUAAGGCGAUUUAAGACUAUAGAACUGAACAAUACUAACAGCUAUAAUCGUGAUUUGGAACUUAGCACAGAGCAUGACCUUAGAGAACCUGAGCUGGAGAUGGAAAGCUUGACUGGAUCACCUGAAGAAAGGUCAAAGGGAGAGUAUUCCUCAACCCUUCCUGCUACUACACCUAGCUAUACAUCUGGCACCUCUCCCACCUCUGUGUCUUCACUGGAGGAUGACAGUGAUAGUAGUCCUAGCAGAAGGCAAAGGCUUGAGGAGGUUAAGCAGCAGAGGAAAGCAAGGCAUCGUUCCCAUGGCCCACUCUUACCAACAAUUGAGGAUUCAUCUGAAGAAGAUGAACUGAGGGAAGAGGAAGAACUCUUAAGAGAACAAGAGAAGAUGAGAGACUUGGAACAGCAAAGGAUUCGCAGUACAGCCAGGAAAACAAAAAGGGACAAAGAGGAACUCAGGGCACAGAGACGCAGAGAAAGGUCAAAGACCCCUCCCAGCAACCUCUCACCAAUCGAGGAUGCUUCCCCAACAGAGGAGCUUCGACAAGCAGCUGAAAUGGAAGAACUUCACAGAUCAUCCUGUUCAGAGUAUUCUCCCUCUAUGGAUUCAGAGGCAGAAGGAUUUGAAGUAGGCUCAAAACUUUACAGGUCUGGCAGUGAGUACAAUCUUCCAACUUUUAUGUCUCUGUAUUCACCUACAGAAAAAACAUCUGCUGCAUCACCACCUUCUGUAAACAAAUCAUUAAAAAGCGCUGAGGAGGUUUAUGAGGAAAUGAUGAGAAAGGCAGAGAUGAUGCAAAAACAGCAGGGACAACUUGGAAGACAAGGGCAGCAAGGGACCUCCCAUUUAGCAAAUAAUCAGCACUUAAGAACAGGGUCAACAUCUUUGAGUCCUGGAACAAGCCCCACACAGAUGGCAGCACCUGUAUCAUUUUCAGAAAGUGGCACUACUGGAAGAGGAACAGCCAGGAUUAAUGAGACACAACAAACUCAGGCCUCCAUACCUACCCAAACCUCCAAAAAUGCACAGUCUCAGCCACAAGUGCGUCAACCUGCUCCCGGACAGCCACAAGUACGACUUGCCCAGGGUCAAGCUGCUGAUUUACAAUCAACUACAAUAACAUCUAAAUUGUACUCUCCUUUAAAGGCUUCUAGUCCACCUACAUCCCCCUCUUUCUCUCCUACACAAAGUCCCACUCAUUCAAAAGCACAUGGUCACACAUCAUCCGUACCAUCUAAUCUUCAAGGCUCGCACAUUGCUCAAAGAACUGGGGCUGCUCGUCUUUCGAGACAACAGUCCUCCCAAGAUACCCCAGUCAUGGUGAUCACACUUGGAUCAGGCACUACUACUCAGCCCCCAAAACCAAUAACUGUAAAUUCUUCUACAUCCCCUUUGUCUUCUCCAACAAGUUGCCAGCAACAGCCAAUUUAUCGGACACAGUCUCCAGUAACAAGUUCUCCUACAUCACCACAAAAGACUCAGCUUACCUAUCAGAGAGGACAAGCAGCUGAAAAAGUUACGACCGGGUCAAACACUCUGUCCUUUGCAGGUUCUCAAAGCUAUAGAUCUGAAAACAUAUCAUUGUGUAAAAUAUCCAGUGUUCCAGGAACCUCUAAAGUUAUUGAGCAAGGGACAGUGACACAGGGUGGAAAUAUAGUUGAUCUUAGAUCAGUGAAGCCUGCUCCAAUUAUAAUGACAGACCAUGGCAUGGAUCUAACAUCCUUGGCAUCUGACACAAGAAGGUACUCUGUUGAUGCAGACCAACCCCCAAGUCGUCAUACAGCGGUACAACCUCUAAUUAUGAACCUAAAUGCACAGGCGCAACCUUAUGUGACAACAUCCUUGCAAUCAACAGUUAGUGUUACUGUGGCAGCUUCUAUGUUCACAUCGCAGCAUAAACAGCCAAUGGUUUAUGGAGAUCCCUUGCAGAAUCGAGUUGACUUUGGUCAAGAUGCUGGAUCGGCUGUUUGCCUUUCUCAACCGAGGCCACCAUUAACAGACCCAUCAAUUCCAAAGAUAGAUGCAUGUCUGGAAGAUCUUGGUAUCCAACAACAGCAGCUUCAAAAGCAACAACAGAAGCUCCAACAUCAGCAAGAGCUCCUUGAACAACAGCUCCAACAGCACCAACAAAAUGCAGCUUCUUUUGCCCGUUACAACUUAGCAAACCAAGUGCAACCAAUGUUGUUAAAGAAAGACUUAGUGGUAUGCCAGACCAGCGGUGGAAGCACACAAACAGUGGUUAGUGCCAUUCCCAAAGUAUCUCCACUUCCACCACAGCCUUUAAGUGCUGUAUCUCCUACACCUACUAUUGGCCAUGACAUAUACGGUGGGGUUGCUCUGGAAUUAAAAAAUAAGCCCACUGCAGCUAACCUCUCAACGGGAAAGCCCCAUGUACUGAUGGUACAGUUAGAUGAGAGUGGUUCAUCACAAGGGGGUACAGUUACCCAAAUAAUUAAAAGGGAAGAGCCACCUCCAGCACAAGAUGUUCUUGAUCUCACUGGACAGAUCAAGUCAGAGAACCAAGUGGCCUGCUGCGAUGUUGUCUAUCAGUUGCCUUUUGCUGGUAGCUGUUCAGGUCCUUUUGGUCAGAGAGGCAAAACAACAAUUUCAGAGACAAACCCUUCAGCUGAGCCUACCCCUGACCCAAAUCAGCAAACUCAACCGGAAAAAGAUGGUUAUCAGCCAGUAAAUGUGCAAGGGGUCUCAGAGGAGCAUAAACCUUUCACCAUGGCUCCACCUGGACGACUUCCACCAUCAAUGUCAGACACAAAUCUUGCAGAAUCAGGACUUCAGUACUAUCAAAGGACAGAUCCUGGGGAUCUAGCAGUGGAUUUAAGCUCUAUGAAACAAGCAUACGAAGCAGGAUAUCUUGGAAUGGGUGCUCAAUAUGGUUCCUACACCGAUUUACGUCAUCAAGGAGAUGUUUCGACCCCACCCUUACCUCUGCGUAGAUAUGGCUCGAUGUCCAAUAUCAGUGGAGACUUUGGCUAUUCUUCUUGUGAUCUGACAGGCACUCAAGAACCACCAAAUCUUGCACAGUACAGUGCCACCACUGCCAGAGAAAUUAGCAGAAUGUGUGCUGCUCUUAACUCAAUGGAUCAGUUUGGAAAUCGUUAUACGAACAGCCCAGAUCUUCUUCAGUUUGCUGCUGGAAGAGGAGGCCCAAUAGGAAGACUUGGCCUUCAACAUAGUCUAACAUCUCUCAGAGCAAACCUUCUUUAUGGCCCCGAUGGGAGGCCCACUGCACAUGGACAAGCACUUACAAAUCUAAUCAAUGCUAGACAGGCUAGCCUGCGGGCAUUAUACCCUCCUGCAUUGAGGACCGCUGAUGGCAUGAUAUACUCUACUAUAAAUACUCCAAUAGCAUCCACCUUACCUAUCACUACCCAACCUGGCCCUGUUUUAAAUAAUAUGGUAAGAGGAGUCUACAGGCCUUAUCCCUCAGGCAGCAUGACAGCUGUUCCUCUAUCUAGCCUUAGUAGAUUGCCUCAUGUCACUCCAAGGAUGCCUCUCUCUGCACAAGGACCAUACAGAUACCCUGCUCCAACCAAUUUCCCAGCAUCUGCCCCAGAUUCUAUUUCAGGGAGUGUGCCAAAUACAAGUACCUCCCAAGAAACUCCUGUCUAUCUUGGUAAGCCUACAGUACCUGUAUCAGUUUCCUUAACUACAAUAUUACCAUCUGCACCUAGAACUACUGUUCAAUCUAGUGCUUUACCAGCCCAAUCAACUAUUUUAACCCAACAGACUUCUCAGGGUCAUAUCCCAGUAGAUGCUACCACAGGCUUUCCGCCUCAAAGUCAAAUUUCACAGUCAAUUCAGCAUCAAAUAAAGGCACAAACCCAGUCUCAAUCAUUGAACAUAAGUAAAGAUUUGUCCUUCACUCAAAGCCUAUCUCUUUCUCAGACACAGGCACACAUAUCAGUGCCACAAUCACAGCCACAUGCAGUAACUAGAGUAUUGCCAGAUACAGCAGUUAGUGGUAACAUUAACACAUCUACAGAUGAAAAAGAGAAAGAGGAAGACCACCUACGACAACAACAAGAGCAGCUACUGCAACUGGAAAGAGAGCGUAUUGAGUUAGAGAAGCUUCGUCAGUUGCGGCUCCAAGAAGAGCUAGAGAGGGAUCGCUUAGAGCUACAGCGACACAGGGAGAAAGAACAACUUAUUGUGCAGCGUGAGAUCCAAGAACUGCAGAACAUCAAGCAGCAGGUCCUACAGCAACAGCAGGUUGAAAGAGAAACUCAACUGGUAAUACAGAGAGAGCAACUGGCACAGCAACGGAUGCAACUAGACCAAAUUCAGACUUUGCAACAGCAACUCCAGAUGCAGCUUGAAGAGCAUAAGAGGCAAAAGACAGCAGCCGUUGAAGCAGCAGCAGUAGUGGCAGCAGCAGAGGCAGCUGCUGUAUCUGCAGCUGCUGCUGCAGCAGCCACAACUGCUCAAGGUGGCAUUAAUGGAAUGGUGGUUGGUGGAGCCCCUCAACCAAUCUCCAUCAUCUGUGAUCAGAGUGGUAGGGUUAUUCCACAAGAUGGCCAGAGCUUGCAGUUUUUACCUUGUAUGGAUGGACAGAUGGUUCAAGCACUGGUGUCCACAAGACCUAUGCCCAGCUCAGCUUCUGAAAUGUCCCUGAGGAACAGUGAUGAUCAGGGAAGUAGCCAUUCUAUAAAGAAACAGAAUUCAAUGCCUCGCUUGAGGAAUGGUACUGAAGAGGAACCUGUGAAAAGGAUUGCAGACAGCAGUGUCCAAACCGACGAUGAAGAUGCAGAGGAUCGGUUUAUGUCACGGCGCAGGAGGACCAGACGUAUUGCUGACUGCAGUGUCCAGACAGAUGAAGAAGACCAGGGGGAGUGGGACAGCCAGCCAGUGCGACGUCGACGCUCAAGGUACUCAAAACACUCUGAAUCGAGUGCAGAAAAUAAAAGCGAUACAUCUAAAGUGACUUCAAGCAUAGCUGUCCAAACCACCAGUGACUCUUCAUGUCAAACUGAAUCAGAUCAGCUAAGCAGAGUCUCACCAGCCAUUCACAUAACCAUGGCUGAGACAACAAAGGUUGAACUGCUCCACUACAUCUCUGCACCAGAGAGGACACACAAGGGAGAGAGUUUAGCCUGCCAGACUGACCCAGAAGCACAUUCUCAAGGGGUGGUUGUUCCUCAGCUCAAUGUUCCCACCACAGUAAGCCCUUACUCUACUAGUUUACAGGUAGUUGGUGCCACACCAGCCAAGUUUGAAAGAAGGAAACCGGACCCACUAGACAUUGGUCUGCAAACACAUCAACCAAUUGAUGCACGUCCACCCAAAUCCCCACAAGUGUUAUACUCCCCAGUGUCUCCCUUGUCCCCCCAUCGGAUGCUGGAGACAACCUUCACCUCCACAGAGAAGCUCAACAGGGCACAUGUCACACCCCAGCAAAAGGCCUUCACUUCUGAAUCACCCAAGAGGCAUCAAACAAUUCCAAGGCCUAUAAAAAGCGUUCAGCGCUCCUUGUCAGACCCCAAACCCCUAAGCCCAACUUCAGAGGAUCCAUCUAAGACCAAAUUCUCACUGUACCAGAGUCAAAACUCUUCAAUCAGUCAGCUACAGAACUCAAUGAUGAGGAAAGUGAAACGGACCCUCCCCAGUCCGCCACCAGAUGAGACACCGCGCCCCAUUGUAACCCCUGCAAUGAGCCACAUGUACAGUGCCCCUGGAAUCCCCCAGAGAGUAUUGCCACGUACAGCACAAGGUGUCACCAAAGCUGGUCUUCUGAGUGAGCUAAAAGCUGUUGAACAAGAGUCUUCCAAGUUACGUAAACAGCAAGCAGAACUUGAGGAAGAAGAGAAAGAGAUUGAUGCUAAACUACGCUGUUUGGAACUGGGCAUUACCCAACGCAAGGAAACCAUGGUAAAAGAACGAGAGAGGAGAGAGCUGGCCUACUUGCGAGGCAUAGGGGAUGCACGGGACUACAUGUCAGACAGUGAACUCAAUAACCUUAGAUUAACUGGAGUACCAACAGGGACCUAUGAUACGAAUGGACUGUUGUCAAGACCAAGCACAGCACCUCUUAGUCAGUUUACUUCUGACCCAAAUGUGACUGCUCAGUACCCACCCACUUCAUCUUAUGUCCCAUAUCCGUUUCCACAGGGCCAACCCGCACCAACGCAGCAACCGACUGCAGCCUAUCAGCCAAUUGGAUUUCAAGCAACACAGUAUGCAGUACCAUCUCAGCCUCAGCCAGGCACCUUUCAGCCUCACCCUCCUCAACCCUCAUCCUAUCAAACACAAGGGCCUUACCAGAGUCAUGUGUAUGCCCAGUCAUAUCAGCCAGAUCUAGGCCUGCAGCAGCCCAGCCACCAGAGCUUUCAGCCUCCUGCAGCUCAUUUGCCUGGACAGACAUUACCAUAUCCUGGCCAAAGUAUGCCCUUCCAGCCCCAAGGUGAUAUCCUUUCAGGUCAUCAGCUGCCACGACAUACAUCACUGGCUGAUCUUGAACAGAAACUGCCAACCAAUUACGAAAUUAUUACUAAUCCUGCAGUGUCUGUAGCCACCUCAGCUCAGGAAACUGGCUUCAGUGGUGCCUAUUCUUCACCCCUGACAAAUGCUUAUGGGCCAUAUCGUACCCCUGAACAAACGAUGGCAGACCACAUGCAAAGUCCUACAUCUGGGUAUAGUACAGAUGGUCUCUACACCACAAAUCUAGAACAAAAUAUACCCAGAAACUAUGUAAUGAUAGAUGAUAUAAGUGAACUGACAAAGGAGAACAUGGGAUCAUCUGAUGCUUCAAGGACAGGGUAUGGGUGUGAGAAUGGUCCACGUGGGAUGGGUUAUGGAGAUGGGUCUGAAGAUCUAUAUGGAAGACCAGGAAGCACCACAAGUUACCAUCAUCAGGGUGCAGUGGACAGCCAUGGCCGUCCUAGCACAACUGCAAGUGGUGGAUCUUCCUAUUACUAUGAUGACUAUAAGCAUUCAUCUCGCAGUAGUUCUGGAAUGGGCAGCCAGAAGCAUUCCUCAAAGAACUUGGCACCAGCUGCGGUGUCCUCCAAGCGUAGUAAGCACAGGAAGCAAGGCAUGGAGCAGAAGAUUUCCAAAUUCUCCCCAAUUGAAGAGGCACGAGAUGUAGAAUCUGAUUUGGCCUCCUACACAAUGACAACACCAUCAGGUGGAAGCUGUACCAUGGUUUCUAGAUCAGGGGUAAAAAAGAAUGUUUAUGAUCAACAGAAGUACUAUGGCUCAAGAGAAGGUUUGGAUGACGAUGAUCGUCUUUACAGCUCUGGAAGGUCAAGGUCCACAGGCUAUGGCAUGGAUAAGAUCUCCUCCAGAGACUCAGGAGGGCACAGAAGUAAGUCAUAUGAGAGAGAUGCUAUGGAGCGAUCUCAACGGGGAACCCAUAGCCGCAGUGGCCGUACCACCAUGCGUACCCAAAACUCAGAGGAAGAGAGUCCACUGAGCCCAGUGGGGAAACCUGUGGGUAUGGGACGUGUCUCAGACCCACAUGAUGUUAGAAACCAGUAUGGCUCCAGCCAUUCCCUUCCUGAUGUUCAGGAUCAUCACAUAAGGGAUGUACCUAAGAGCCAUGCCUACAAGCCAGAUGACCCAUACAUAGUGGAUGAUAUGCAUUGUGCUGUUUCAGACAGUGAAGCAUAUCAUUUAGGACAGGAGGAAACAGACUGGUUUGAGAAACCACGGGAGGCCACUUCUGAUCGUUCCAGACAUCAUGGGAGUGGAAGCCACUCCACUUCAGGUAAGAGAAGCCAUGUCAAGCACACUUACCAUGAUUAUGAUGAACCUCCUGAAGAAGAUUUGUGGCCACAAGAUGAAUACAACCACCAACGGCAUUCAUCUUCCACCCCAUCCCGAGAACACCGGCAUCAUGUUAGCAGCUCAGGACGUCACUCAUCAUCCCGACAUACCUCUGAAGAAUCUAGAUCCUCACGUUCUUCAAGAUCACAUCCCAAGGAUCCAUCAGCUCGCCCUGAAGGGCGCGGCACUUCUUCCUCUUCGCAUAAAAGAUCCUCAGAACCCCGAUCUUCACAGUCAGGGUACCGGGACUCUGGAGAGUACUCCCAGGAGCCUGCAUCUGGACACCAUCACAACUCUAGUGGUCAGCGGGGGCAAAGACAAUCUAGUGCUUCCAGACGGCAAGAAUCUCCUUUGUCCAAACAACAGCAGCAGCAGCAGCAGCCGCAACAGCAGCAGCAGCAACAAGGUUCCAUAGGUCAACAGCAGCCACCACAGCAAGGACAGCAAAGGUCCACAACACAGCACACACCUGGCAGGCAGUCUGGAACUCAACAGCCUGAAACUGGGCCACAGGGUCAACAUACAAGCCAACAACCUCGUACACAGCAGCAGCAGUCACAACCACAGCCUGGACAACAGCCAGCAACAACCACAUCAAGUGUGACUCAGCCCACAACAGUGGCUACUGGUAUUGGAGCUGGGGCUGCUCAGCAACAAGCUAAGCUAGGCCAGGCUCCAGCAUCAGGACAACCGCUGUCUGCAGGAGCAACCACAGCUCUGCCAACUACUGCUGGGGGAGGACACAUGAAACCUGACACUGCUCCUGCUGCACCAACACCUGCAGUUGCUAUUGGAUCUAAAGCUGCACCCCAGCCUGCUAAAGCCACCACGCCUCCUACCAUAGGCAUAGGCUCAAAAGCUGCUCCCCGGCCAGGUGGCAUAGGCAGUGCAGCCCAGCCAACACAGCAACCCACGGACAGUGAUAACGUUUUCAGCAAAAUCCUGCCGGGUGGUGCUGCUGAGCAAGCAGGAAAACUAGGAGACGCCGUGUCUGCCAUCGGCAAGAAAUUUACCUCCUUUUGGUGAGCUGCUAACUGAAAGGGUUCAUUGUGGCUGAGCAGAGGGUUGUUACUGAAAAAAAAAAAAUUGGAAACCGUUUCUGUCAUCAUAUCCACAAAUCUGUUGAUGGAGGACACCUGAGAACCAGUUGAUGAUCUGGCCUGGAAAAAGGGGACAAAAUCCCGAGAGCGUCCUGAUGGUGGUUCAGACCGGGCUGACGGACGGGACGCUCUACUCCUCUGCUCCAGGAUGACGGAGAUGUCUCCAGAACGUUUACCUAAUCAUGAUCACUCUGUAAAACUGUGCUCAGGUGUCCCCCUCCCCUCACACACACACACACACAUUAGUGAUGACAGAAGCAGUUCUCGAAGCUCUUUUUUUUCCAGUUCUUGAAUCUGACACUUUCUAAGUCUGAUUGUUCUCCCACUGAGUGGACAUUCCCACUAAGGCGAUGAUUGACCUUCUUUCUGAAUGUUUUUUUCUUUUUUUUUUCUUUUCAUUCUCUCUUUCUGUAACUUGUUCAUGUGCACUCGACUGCAAUCGUGUAAAGUGUCGUACAUGCGACCGCACGCAUGGGAGUAAAUGUCUUAUAUAUAAACUCAUAAACACUCAUCUCAUGAUCUCUGAUGAGGAGGAAAAGGAGGAGGAGGAGGAGGAGGAGGCGGUGUGACGAGUUCAAAGUUCAGCCCUCACUCUUUUAGCCAUCAUCAUGCCAUCGCUAGUUGAUCACACACACAACUGCUGAUCUCUUCUUUAUUUAUUAACCCCCCCAUAUUAUUAUUAUUAUUAUAUUUUUUAUUUCUUUUUCAGUUUAUAUUUUGUUGGCCUGAUUUACUUUGUGAUUAAGAGCCUUAUCCAUUUGUUUUCACAUACCUCAUGAUCUCUGUUGUUGUUGUUUUUUUUAAUGAAUCAUUCUUUACUUUUUUUGCACAGUUGUAUUCUACUGUACAGAGACGUGUCUUUACAGAGCGAUAUUGUAAAUCGUCGGAGGAUUUAUGGAUUUAUAUUUAUAUGUGUUUGUAUUUUGUUCCUUUGUACUACAUUUGUUUUUAUUUUGGUGUGUUUCCUUAAUUAUCAAUGAUUCGUUUGUUAUUGGUUCAUUAUCGGGAGGUUGAUUUCCUCAGAGCAAUAGCAUGCACAUUGGUACAGAGCACAAAGAUUUUCACAAAUCAGUCGAAGAUCGUCUGUAAGAGCUGAACAUUUCCCAUCUCACACACACGCGCACACACACACACACACAGUGGAAGUGUAUAAUUAAACCGUUUUGAGUUCCAUUCCAGAUUCUCUAUGCAAUGAUCCAUUCCGAUCGUCAUUGCCUCAUUUC